CCAAACAUGGGUCGCGCUAACCACUACGCCACCACGGCACGCCCGGGCUCUGAUUUUUUAUCAUGACUCAGGUUUUAGUAACCCCAUUUAAUUUGAUCACAAUUACAGCUGGAAGUUUUUUGCUAUGUCAGCUUUGUAGAUCUAUAGUCUUACAUUUUGCCCAAUAUUCUUUACAAAAUCGCUCAAGUUCUGUCGGAUUGCACCACUGCAACUCAAAUUUCUUUGUCAUGGGUCUUAAUUGAAUAAGCAGCUUCUGAUUGUUUCUAUUAGUAGAUCUGCCUGUUGAAACUCACUGUUUAAUCGGUUUGAUACACAAUCUUCAAUUGAUCUACAUUUACAAUGUAAAUGCCUUUAACAUGUAAUGUGUGUUGCCCAAGAUCAUAAUGAUAAAGGCAGACAGAGUAGGAAUUGAACCGGUAACCUGCCAGUUGCAGGACAAACUCCUACCAACAUCGCCACCAUUGUUCCAUAAUCCUAUUUGAAUUAAAUUAUACAGCACAUGCUCAGUGUUAUUGCUAUGUAGUCAUGCAACUCUAAUUCAGGAGUCAAAAGUUCUUUGGUGAAUUAGCCAAGCAUGAAAUGCCUUAGUGAUGUUUAGGGGAUGUGUGGUUCUCAUUAUUGUCAUGGCUAAAAAUCAGCAGUGAGACAGAAAAACCCAGCUAGAUCAGUAUUUGAAUGCUUCAUAUAAAAAAGAAACAUUUAAAAUAAUAGAAUCAGGUCUUAAGUUCAUGCUAGAGACCUUCAGAUAUGAGCUGCGGAAGCAUUGCCAUGACCUAAACUCAAAAUUGUUUUAUUAUAACAUCAUAGUUUGUGCAGGUGUCAUGAUGUUUUAUAUGAUAAUGCCACACUAGAGACAUACAAAGCAAGUCACAGACUCAAAAUGACCCACACCAUAAUAUCCCGUCCUUCAACCUCCAAAAUGUCUACGUCUAGUCAUUAUCCAGAACCAGUUAUUUUUAAACACAUUCUUUUCUGCAAAGUAACUUUUAAUAAAGACAACCUUGCAAAGAAUUAUUUCAGUAUUUAUUUUUAGCUGGUAUCCAGUUACACAGAAACUGUUCACAGCAAUCUGGGAUCACAACUUUACCAUGUCACACACUUUACACAUUCAAAUGAAAAUAUUCAAAUUGAAAAGGUCUUCAUAGUUAGCCAACAGCUGUGAUGAGGUUUUACAUAGAGUACUGUCUAUUGUUUGCCUUUUCUUGUGUUAUUUUCUAGUUGGAGCAUGAACACACAGCUAUGUCUCAUACAUGUAAAUGGAAAAAAACUUUGCAGAACUUUCUCCCGUGAGAUCAAAUUGGUUCCUUCCCAGUGUGAACUGAAAGCAUUCGCUCACAAUUCAUAAGCAGCUCGACUGUUUGCUCAUGUUUCUAUUCAACUGGGGCUGAGAUCAGCAAAGCAGCUCUCUUUUCAGAUUGCAACAUUGAGGACAAUUUUGUACCUCUAACAAGCCAAAGAAUGGGAAAAGGUAGCAAGAGGAUACUUUUCUUUCUGCUUUUGGCUGGUAUUUGCAGCCCAACGACUGAAGAACAGUGGAAGGCAUCUCUUGUAAAAUCAAUUGAAGCCCUAGUUGAUUCCUGUGUUGUGCUGCCCUGUACAUUCACUUAUCCUGGGAGUUUCCUGUCUACCUCCAGACUCAGGGGCAUCUGGCAUCGUAAAGACAAAUGGAACGAGAUCUUCUACCAUGAAGACAGCACAAGUGUCUUGGACAAUUUUAAAGGCCGAACCAAGAUGCUGGGAAACCUGGGUCAGAACAAUUGCACCUUAGAAAUAGUUCAAGUUAAAAAUCAUGACAUCGGUCCUUUCUGCUUCCGCAUUGAAUUUGUGAAAAAAGACACCAACCAACCCACUAAAGAAAAGUUCUCCUUUGUUGAGGAAUGUGCUGAAAUCAAAAUGCUCGAAGAAACUCCCAAACCUGAACUUAUCCAGUCAAACACAGCUGUUCAAGGAAAACCUUACGCCGUCACCUGUUCAGUCCGCCAUACCUGCCCCUCACAUGUUCCUGUGUUCACAUGGAGUCGAGGAAGUGAAGACGAUAUUAUACAAAUUCAAAAACCCAUUGUGUCUGGGAUCUGGGAGACACAGUCCAUCAUGAUGUUUAUUCCUGGGGAAAAUGAUGACCACACUGAAAUCACCUGCAGUGCAACAUUUAAUGGAGGUCGAAGAUCAUCCACAUCUAUUAAACUCAAUGUCAAACGUACUGGAAACAUUUAUCACCUCAUCAUUCCAGUCGCGGUGGCCAUUGGCACGGCUGUGAUCUUUGGAGUCAUCUGCAUUGCUGUGAUGAAAAAGUACAAGAAUCGCAUUGCAGAGCUUCAAAGUCGUGAAGGAAGCAUGUUCAACAGACUGUCCAGGAUGUCUCGCAGGUUCCAUUCUAGUGGCCAGUGACUUCGUGGUCAUAAUCCAGUGCAAGAAAUUUGAGCAAAUGAUGACCAGCACGUAGUUGUUCACAUUUAAAUUUUUGUUUAUGUCCAUAAGGAUGAUUUUCGUUUUAAGAGUCAUGCCUUGUUUUUUUAUUAUUAUUAUUACUAUUAUGCUUUAAUUCAGCAAAAAUAUAUAUGUUAUGCUUUUUCUGGCAAAAGUAUCAAAGUUGUAUAAAAAUGAACUUGAAAAAAAAUUCCAUUUUCAUGAUGUUGUGUGUUGAAAUUAUGAGUGUGCAUUCUCACUAGGUUAUUAUUUUUAUUCCGGCAAACCUGGCCAGACCCUUCAGUAUGAUGCAGUUCAAUAUUCUGUUUUACCUGAACACUUUGUGUGCAAGUCACCACUUCUAACAUAAAAUAAACACAACUGAACUGCAGUAGUUCAACUCCAAAAGCUCCAAGUAUAAAGACUGUGUCAGAAACAUAAUUAGUGUGAACCUCAGAAAUAAGGCGGCUUUGAGGGUGCGCUCUGCCUCGUCUGCACUCUGAUCAUAUUUCUGUCGUUGUAAAUACAUUAUUCCACUUUUUUUUUUGUUGUAGUAGGUACCCAGUGUACAGCUAAGUUCAAUGUUAAAACUAUGUGUAGAUAUCAUUUAGACAUGAGUGGAUUAUCACAAUGAUGAUAAUAAUAAUCUAUCUACCUGUUUGUAAUGAUGUAGACCCAUACAGUUUUCUAGGAUUAGACUAAGUAAAACCACUAUCGAAAGUUAAAAAUGACCAAGGUCUAUAAAUGUCUGUAAAUAAUGCAAAUAUGCGUAUUAAUAGAGUAUAAAAUCAACUCAAAGACAGCUCAUUUGGUUAACAUUUGAACUGAUUUAAUAUAUUUUUUCAGAUUCAUGUUGAGAGAGUCAUAUUGAGGAAUGCUUAGCAAAAGUUUUAAAAUAUAGUGCUUCCAUCCAUGACUCCAGAAUAAAUAUGUAAAUGACCAAAUGAUCAAGUAACAGCAGGAAGGUGCUCAGUUCAAUUCCAGAAGAGGAAAAGGCACAAGAAUUUAAAAAUCUGGACUUGGAUGAAGACCGUCUGCCGAUGGAAAGAACAUUGUUCCUUCAGACCUUUAGGAUAAAUUAUGUUUAUAUUUCUUAUGAUCAUUUAUUUGGAUAAAAAUGAUUACUAGUUAAAUCUCCAAUGCAUACAAAUUUGUUAUAUUGGACUAUACUAAAGCCUUCUUUUAAAUUUGCAUAUCUAAUUACAGUUAAGAAUUUUAGGGUGUGGCUAGGGAGAGUUAGUUGGGCAGUGGGAGUGGAGCCACACAGUUUCUCUCUUUAAACUCUCUUGUUUACUCUUUAUUAUUUCGUGGAAAACUAACAUUUGUACCGUUUUUUAUUUCUGAAGUAAACCGUUUAACUUUA